AUGUCACUGUCUUUCUUGCUUGCUCACUUUCUCUUUUUAUCUCUCUCAAUAUCUUUCUUCUCUUCCUCUCUCCUCUCUCCCUCUCUCUCCAUCUCUCUUUCUUUCUCUCCCUUUAUUUUUCGGUCUCUAUCACUGUCUUUCUCCCUCUCUGACUAUUUAAAUCUCUCUCCAUUCCUCUUUCUCUAUAUUGCUGUCUGUCACUGCCUCUUGUUUGCUCAUUGUCUAUUUUUCUCUCUCUCAAUAUUGGUCUUCUCUUCAUCUCCCUCUUCCUCUCUUUCUCUCUCUCUCUCUCUCUCUCUCUCUCUCUCUCUCUCUCUCUCACUCACUCACUCACAUUGUCUCACUUGUAUUCUGAGACUCUACCUAUCUUACACACCAUCUGUCUCACUAUCUUUAAGUCUCUCUAUAAAUCUAACAUUCCAGGUGUUUUUUACUCUGUGGAUAUCCCUCUCUCCCCUGGUUUUCCUAUGUCAUUCAACAUCUUCCUCCCACACAUUCUCUAUCUCUAUCACUCUGUCCUUCUAUGUCACUGUCUUUCUUGCUUGCCCACUUUCUCUUUUUAUCUCUCUCGAUAUCUUUCUUCUUUCCCUCUCCCUCCCUCUCUCUCUCUCUCCCUCCCUCUCUCUUUCCCUCCAUCUCUCCAUCUCUCUUUCUCUCCCUUUCUUUAUUUUUGGGUCUCUAUCACUGUAUUUCUCCCUCUCUGUCUAUUUAAAUCUCUAUCCAUUCCUCUUUUUCUAUUUUGCUAUCACUGCCUCUUUUGUUCGCUCAUUGUCUAUUUUUGUCUCUAUCAAUAUUGGUCUUCUCUUCCUCUCCCUCUUCCUCUCUUCCUCUCUCUCUCUCUCUCUCUCUCUCUCUCUCUCUCUCUCUCUCUCUCUCUCUCUCUCUCUCUCUCUCUCUCUCCCUCCCUCUCUCUCUCUCUCUCUCUCUCUCUCUCUUGCUCACUGUCUCUCUCUCUCUCCCUCCCUGCCUCCCUCUCGCUGUUUCACUUGUACUACCAUUCUCUAG